AUCGUAGCACUAUAAAAUUAAAAAAAAAAAAUCUUUGAAAAUAUCAUUUUUGUUUUCACUACAUGCGUCAAUAAUGAAGUUUUUACAUUUCAUUUUAGAGCUCUAUCUUUUCCAUAAGCGUAAAGAUUUAUAAAAGAAAAAAAAAACAAAUUUUUUUUGGUGUCUUUCUUAGCAUUUAAGAACUAUGAUUUGUAUUUGGUCCUGUCUAUAUACUCAAGUCGUAAGCAAUUUGAUAAUUAUUAUAACCUCAUUUUACAAUUACAUGUAAAACAAUUUUGAAUAUUCCGGAUGGUUUUGCACGCUGUUUUCAAGUAAAAUGAAUCUUAAGUUACUCCACUACACCUUUAUUUUGUCUCUUGCAUAUAUUUGUACAUAUAUAUGGUAGUUUUGUUGGAGGUGUGAGAGAGAUAUGGAAACAUUAGAGGAGUUGCCUAAUGGAAACCGAUGGGCGGAUUAUGGUCAUGAGAUAAAAAAGAUGACUGUUAUUGCACUGCCGAUGGUGGUGGUGGCUUUGUUGCCAUACCUAAUGCAAAUGGUGGCGGUGAUAAUGGUGGGGCAUGUUGAUGAACUAUCCCUAUCUAGCCUUGCAAUUGCCACCUCCCUCACUAAUGUCACUGGUUUUAGUCUUCUUUCGGGGCUUGUGGGAGGACUGGAGACCCUUUAUGGGCAAGCUUUUGGAGCCAAACAACAUAACAAAAUCGGCGGCUACACAUGCAGUGCCAUAAUCUCGUUGCUAUUCGUUUGCAUCCCAAUCUCCAUCUCCUGGAUUUUCAUCGAUAAGUUCUUAAUUUUAAUCGGACACGACCCUUUGAUCUCACAUGAAGCAAGAAAAUAUUCCAUAUAUCUUAUUCCAUCUUUGUUUUUCGGUGCAAUUGUGAAGCCACUUGUCAGAUUGCUCCAAUCACAGAGUCUGACUAUGCCAUUGCUCGUGAGCUCUACACUUGUUUUAUGUUUCCAUGCCCCUCUGUGUUGGGGUUUGAUCUUCAAGUUAAAGAUGGGUAGCGUUGGUGCUGCUACAGCGUUUAGUUUGUCAAAUUGGUUCUAUUUGAUGUUGAUGGUGUUUUAUUUCAAAUUCUCAUCGUUGUGUAAGAAUGUUGGUGUGACUUUCUCCAUGGACGCACUUGUAGGUAUGAAGGAAUUCUUCUGGUUUGCUAUCCCAUCGGCCGUAAUGGUUUGCCUAAAAUGGUGGUCACUUGAACUUCUUGUCUUAAUAUCUGGCUUGUUACCAAAUCCACAACUCGAAACAUCACUUCUUUCCAUAUGCUUAACUAUCUCUACACUACACUUCACUAUACCCUAUGGGUUUGGAGCAGCCGCAAGCACUCGGGUUUCAAAUGAGAUAGGGGCUGGAAAUCCACAAGCAGCCCGUUUAGCUGUUUGCAUAGUGAUGUUUCUAGCUGUUAUCGAAGCCAUAAUAGUAAGCACCAUGGUUUUCAGUUGUCGCCAUUAUCUUGCAAAUGCUUUUAGUAACAAAAUGGAAGUAGUAAGUUAUGUUGUUUCAAUGAGUCCUUUCAUAGCUCUCUCGAUCAUCACAGAUAGCAUACAAGCAGUGAUUUCUGGAAUCGCUAGGGGAAGUGGGUGGCAACAUAUAGGAGCUUAUGUGACUCUGGUGGCAUUUUAUUUGUUUGGGUUGCCAGCAUCCAUUGUUCUUGGGUUCCCUUUACAUUUGAAAGCAAAGGGACUUUGGAUUGGGAUCGUGAUUGGAUCUAUAAUACAGUCCGGGAGUCUGUUAUUGGUUACUAGACUCACGGAUUGGCAAAAACAGGCAAUAAAGGCAAAUGAACGAAUCUCGAAAGUAUCAUAUCGGUACACAAUUAAAGAUAUAGAUAUAAAAGAAUGUGUACCCAAAGAAAUGCAUGUGGUUUUGUAAUCGGUACACAAUAGGCGUUGACUUUAUUUUAACCCAUGUUUUGAAAACCGAGUUGAACCGGGACAUUGAGGAGAAAAUAGUUAGCAAUGGUUUUAUUUUUAUUUUAUAGAACGGAUUGAACCGAAAACAGAUACAAUGAACCGCUAAAAUCCAUGUUGAACUUGUAAAUGUGUUGAACCGAUAAAUUGUAUAUGGACUUUAAUGUU